CUUUGGAUAAAAGCAUCAGCUAAAUGACACGUAAUGUAAUGUAAGGAGCUCCCUACCUAGAAUGUCUUUGUUUUCAUUCUUCAAUUGUAGAUCGAUAUGUCGUAAUCGGCGCUCAGAGGGAUGCAUGGGGGGCGUGUUUUGCUACGUCGACCGUCGGCACCAGCCUCCUCGUGGAGUUGGCCCGUUCCGUCUCGGACAUGGUGAAGAAUGAUGGUUUCAAACCAAGGAGAAGCAUCGUGUUCGCUAGUUGGAGUGCUGGGGAAUAUGGGAGUGUUGGCGCCACCGAGUGGUUGGAGGUGAAAUAUCCAGACAGUUCUUCGACACUCUACUCCCAAUUUGCAAAGAGGAGCUUGGAGCCGAAUGUAUUGGAGCCUUUUAAGCUGGAUGAUGCUGCUUAUCCUUUCCUCGCUUUCUCUGGCAUCCCCUCGGUCUCAUUUGGAUUCACCUCUGGUAACUUGGAAUACCCGUACUUUGGCACAGAGCUGGACACCAGGGAGAAACUGAACGUGGCUGCGGGCAAUCAGGUUCCUCAGCUGGCAGAAACGGCGGCUCGGUUCGCAGGUCACAUGGUGUUGAGGCUGGUCCAUGAUCACCUGCUGCGUAUGGACGUGAUGAAGUACAACAAUAUUAUCCGCAACCAUGUUGUCUAGACCAACACCAAAGUCUAUUCUGUUAAGAGGAUGCAGCCCCAGCUGUUGCCCAAGGCCUUGACUGUGCAGUGGUUAAUCUCGGCCUCCGGCUCCUACGGACGCGUGGCUCAGUGGCUGGUGACGGACAUGCAGAACAGUGACCUGGAGGACAUUGAGAUGUGUCGCAUCAUUAAUGACCGCAUAAUGGCG